GGAAAUAGUUUAUCAAUGCUAUAAGCGGUCUCGAAAAACAAAAAUAAUAUUACAUGUCGUCUUUAAAACGACGUGAGAUAACAGAAAAAGGAUUUAUGAAUUAAACAGAACCAGGAUCUUACAUUCUGAUUUUUAAGAGUGUGAAAGAUACAGGUAUAUAGGAUCCUUACCUAGCAUCAUGUCGUUUUCAAUCAACUUACCACCCUCGGUGGUUGCCAAAAAGACAAAAUCGGAGGAACAGGAUGAACCGAAGAAGAAGUCGCGGGAGGACUGGCGUAAACAGAAGGAACUGGAGGAGAUGAGGAAAGCUGGAACAGCGCCAGCUAUGACUGAUGAGGAGGGAAAAGAAAUCAACCCCCAUAUUCCUCAGUAUAUAAUGCAGGCACCUUGGUAUUACCAAGCAACACAUGCAACACUAAAGCAUCAAAGAAUACAAGAAGAUAAAUUGAAAACAUAUGAAGAUAGAAACACAUGGUACAAAAAAGGUCUCAAGGAGGGUCCCAUAGCAACAAAAUUCAGGAAAGGAGCUUGUGAAAAUUGUGGAGCUAUGACUCACAAAAAGAAAGACUGUUUAGAGAGGCCAAGGAAGGUCGGUGCAAAAUUUACAGGAGACAACAUAGCUCCAGAUGAGCACAUAACCCCGACUUUGAAUUUUGAUUAUGAGGGUAAACGAGAUCAUGCAGCAGGUGUUGAUGUGGAAGAUCACCAGAGGAAGGUCCAUGAAGAAUACAGUCGUCUGGAGGAGGCAAAGCGAAUGUUAAAAGAAGCAAACUUUUUGGAAGGAAAAGAAUCUGCUGAAAAGUCACAAGGUGACAGUGAAGAUGAAGAUAAAUAUGCAGAUGAUGUAGACAUGCCUGGUCAGAAAUUUGAGACAAAACAGCGAAUUACAGUCAGGAAUCUUCGAAUCAGAGAAGACACAGCCAAAUACCUGUACAACUUGGAUCCUAAUUCAGCUUUCUAUGAUCCCAAAACCCGAUCUAUGAGGGAGAAUCCGUACAAAAACACAGGAAACAUAGAGAUGGAACAAAAGUAUGCUGGAGACAACUUUGUCAGAUUCUCAGGAGACGCACAUAAAUUUGCGACAAAGCAAGUUUUUGCCUGGGAAGCAUAUGAACAUGGAACUGAUGUCCACUUGCAAGCAGAUCCAACCAAAUUGGAAUUACUGUCAAAGGAAGUACGGAAGAGGAAAGAGGACUUUAAAUCUAGUGCUAAAGAUAGUAUUCUGGACAAGUAUGGAGGAGAGGAACACUUACAAGCUCCACCCAAACAGCUGUUACUGGCACAGACAGAAGAUUAUGUGGAAUAUUCCCGACAUGGCUCCGUAAUUAAAGGGAAUGAAAAACCAGUGGUCAGAUCUAAGUAUGAAGAGGAUGUGUACAUAAAUAACCACACAUCUGUUUGGGGCUCCUAUUGGAAACAUGGUCGGUGGGGCUAUAAAUGUUGCCACAACUUAGUGAAGGAGUCCUAUUGCACAGGAGUAGCGGGUAUAGAGGCCUCUAGCACAGACAUCAUCCCAUCAAUAACGAAUGGCGAGGAGGAGAGAGAGGAGGAAGAGGAGGAACCCCCCAAAUCACUGUUACAGGAAUAUCAAGAAAAACUUUCAAGUGAAAAGAAAAAGAAGAAAAAGAAGAAGAAGAAGAGGAAACACAAAAAGAAAAGCAAAAGUAGCAGUAGUAGUGACUCAGAAUCUGAGGACGAAGAGAAGGUUAAAGAGAGGAAACUGAGAGAGGCACUAAUAAAAGAAGAAGAGCACCAGAAGCGAGCAAAUCACCUACUAUCUCUGGACGAGCGCAAGCGACCCUACAACAGUAUGUAUGAAAAUGUGGCACCUACCGAGGAGGAGAUGGAAGCCUGGAGGUUAAAACAGAGGAGGACUGAGGACCCAAUGUCACACUUCACAUAAAAAAACUCACCUCAUAAGGACACAGAGGAGAACUGAGGACCCAAUGUCACACUUCACAUAAAAAAACUCACCUCAUAAGGACACAGAGGAGGACUAAGGACCCAAUGUCACACUUCACAUAAAAAAACUCACCUCAUAAGGACACAGAGGAGGACUGAGGACCCAAUGUCACACUUCACAUAAAAAAACUCACCUCAUAAGGACACAGAGGAGGACUGAGGACCCAAUGUCACACUUCACAUAAAAAAAACUCACCUCAUAAGGACACCUGAUCCUCAGGCUUUUAUUUCAACCCAGCUUUGUUUGAUACACAGAUCAAUUGUAUAACUAUUGACAGUCUUUUACUUCCUGUAACCCUAGACAACCACUCUCUAGUUGUAAGAUGUCAGUGACAACAGAGAUUGGUGGAAAUUGUUAAAAGGUUUUAAACUUACUGACAGUCUUUGUUACCAACCUAUUCAUUGUAUCAUUUCCAUGCAUGAGUAUUUCAUAUUUUGGGUGUGCAUUUUCUUUAUUUUACUACAGUUUGAUAGGAAAUGAUUUCUCUAAAUUUAUUUAUAUCAAUGAGAAAGGUCUAUGGUCACAACACACCCGACUCACCUUCAAUAGUCAUGUUGUUUAAAACCUGCCAUUAUGCAGCUACAAGUUGUAUAAAAAUGUUUCAGAAUGCUUGUACACUAUUCCAACUCUGUUUAGAAUGACUUUGUGGCUGUCUUAAACAUUCUGACAGAUCUCGUGUAUGUGUAGGGUUAUGCUUAAAUAUUGUUUUUCUAUAUUGUAGUUUUAAUGCUAUUGAAAGUAUUUCCAAAAAUACAGACAAACUUUUAUUGCUUGUUUUCUUAUAUAUAAUCUUAAGAACCCUUGUUGAGGCUCCCAUGACCAAAAUUUGAACUAAAGCUGCACCAUAUUUUGACAAAAAGGUAAAGGGCAGGGAGAGAUUUAAAGUCUCAUGCAAGAAUUAUUUUUGAAAAUUUUCUCAAGAGCCACAAGGUUUGUGAAAAUUGUUUAGCCACGAUGUUUGAAGCUUUUCAGUUUAAGCAUCCUGUGAUCUGUAUGAGUAAGGUACCGGGAAGUGUUGUGGCUCAUUGACCUCUUGUUAAAUGAAUAUAGGAAGUGAAGGUUGGUAUGUCAGAAGGAAUAUCUGUGUAUUGUACAAUAUCUACAUUUCCAAUGAUUUUGCCUUUGAUGUUUUCUUACAAAUUGUAAUAAUGGGCAUUUCCUGAUGGAUGUGCAGCAAUGGGAAAGCCAUGUGGAAAUGAAUACGGAAUUAUUAAAUAAAUAUAUUUCUAUCCUAACAGCUGAGAAUUCUGACAGCAAUGAAAGUAGAAUGUAAACGUAAGAAAAUGAAUUUCGUUUUUGAAAAUACACGAGGGUAUGAAAUGCAACAUGUCGUGGCGGCGUACUUUUCAUAAAGUGGUAACACUGUAGUUCAUACCCUGGUAUACAUUUUCAAAAUAGAAAGCUAUUUCUGAAGUGUACCUAAUAUAAUGAUUGUAAUAUUAAGCUUAUAAAUUAUCAAUCUCUGCCAGUAAAUGGUUUCAAGAUUUA